AUCAUGUCUAGCUUCUGCUCUCCAAUUCCUUUAAAUUAAAUCACAAGUUCACUUGGAAGUUAUGCUGUUAUUCUGUUAAUGUGUCACUUAUCAGUUAUAACCAGGAGCCCCUGGUUAGUAUUACUUUAGCAGUAGCAUUUGUUUGAGGUUUAGAGAGACUAAUUGAUCAGGCUGUUAAAGUGCUGUAUGUUGCACCUACUGGGCCUGAGUUGAAUUCUUGCCAUCACUUCCCUUCUUCAUCUGGGAAAGUCGCUGAUUACAGGCUGAAAAUGAAAGUGUAACUCUGAUCUCCAUCUGGGAUAAGUGGCAGUACUUAACAGUAUAUACAUCUGUCAGGUGUGUUAUGGGAACCUUCAGCAGAGGAAGCCUUGUGCUGAUGUGUAUCACCUUCACCACAUCAUACAGAGCUAAUGCCGAAGACAUCAACUCAAUUUUGAUAGUUCCCUCUACUCCUGUGAUCAUCACAACUGGCUAUGAUGUCCUACUGCCCUGCUACCUUUCUCCAGAACGAAGUGUAGUUUCCAUGGAAAUCAGGUGGUUUCGGGACCAAUUCAGUGAUUACAUAUACCUGUACAAACCCGGGAUUGACAGUAAGGGCAAAGGGUAUGAGGACAGAGUGAGCUUAUUUUCUCAGGAACUGGAGAAAGGCAACGUGUCACUGCUGCUUACAGACGUCAGGCUGGCAGACCAAGGUGACUAUAAGUGUCAUGUCAGCCUUGGUGACUGGUUUGAGGAGCCCACCCUGGAGUUAACAGUCAGACAACCAGGAAGCAAACCAAUCAUAGAGGUUCUAAAACGCAACAGAGAUUCAAUCGAACUAAGUUGUAGCUCUGAGAACUGGUAUCCAGAACCCAACAUGCUUUGGACAGACAGUAAUGGGAGGGAGCUGGAGGCCCAGACAGACAAAGCCACACAGAAAUCAGUGGGUGGAUCCUACAGCAUCACCAGUCAAAUUAACAUCAAUGAGUCCUUUGAAGAAGUUGUGAAGUGCAUUGUAGGAGAACAGAAUCAGAGAAUCCAUUUUGAGUCUUUAAUAAAGCUUAGUGAUGGCUUGUUCAUGACCACCAUACCAGAUCGGGUGUACAUCUCUGCUGGUGUCAUUCCUGUCACAGUGGGUCUGAUAUUAGUCCUUGUUGCUGUGUUAAUUGUAAACAACCAGAAGAAAGUACGGAAAAUCAAGCUUAGCAGAUUUGAUUCUCUCGAAAGCAGUUUGGAAAAACUAAAUGAUGAGCAUGAUGCCCUCAAAGAGAAGUGUCGAGCUGUCAGCUACAUCCCAGACUCAGUGUGGAGCUACAUCAUUAGUUGUGCAGAUGACGUGACUCUGGAUGAAAAAACAGCACAUCCAAAACUCAGAGUUGCAGAAGAUGGUAAAUCUGCUGGAUGGGUGGAAAAGGAUAAAACUGCAGAUGGAAAAAACAAGCCAAAGGAACAAUCCAUUGAUAUAAACAGCAAACGGUUUGAUGAUCAACAGUGUGUGCUGGCUAAGGAGGGAUUCACGUCUGGGAGACAUUACUGGCAGGUGGAAUUUGGAAAGCAGGCUAGUUGGCAGGUUGGAGUUGGUAAGGAGACCAAGGACAAACAGGAAAUACUUACUUCUGUAAAGGGGUACUGGAUCUUAAAUUCAUCAUCAGACACAUCGCUUUCUGCAAGCACUGCUCCACCCACAAUCCUCCCUACUGAUCUGAAACCAGAGAGAGUGGGGGUGUAUUUGGACUACGAGGAAGGUCAAAUUUCAUUUUACAAUGUGGACCAUAGAUGUCAUAUAUACACAUUCAAAGAUGAGUUUACAGUAAAGCUCUUUCCAUUGUUUGGAACAAAAAAAGGAUGUUUUAAAAUAUUUACAGUCUUGGGUGUGAAAAACAAACAAAGUGACAUUGCCGAAGAUGCUACAGUAUCUUCACUGAUACACUGAAUAACCUGUGUUGAACAAACAGCAAACGGCUUAUAGAUUGAUAUGCUCAUUUACAUCAUGCUAUAAAUGUCUGUUUAUACUGUAAAUAAAUACUUACUGUAUCAAAUAUGUUUGACUACAGCUAUGAACUCUUUUGUUAGUUUAAGACGUUACUGGUGUAUUGUUUUUGCAAUGAAUGAUUGUUAAUUGGAAGAGUUGAGUAUACUGAUUGUAAGACAUUCAGAAUAAAAUGCUAAUGAAAAUCCA